AUGAUGCAAGAGGAUCCAGAGCAGUGGAUGAAAGAAAAGGAAGAAGAAAAUGAGAUUUUGAGAAAUGCAUCACAGCAUUUAAGAACAAUUGCCGACCUAAAUGGGACAAUUUCCGGUCUUAGAGCGGACCUCAGUAAAGCCCUUGUUAAAGUCAGCGAACUCGAAAAAAAUAUUGAACGGAUUGUGCAUGAAGAGCACAUUAAAAGAAAGGACUGUCUGAAGGUCAUUGAGACUCAAAAAGAAGAAAUCUUGGACUGGAAGAAUGAGUUUCUCAAGGCGAAUUCCGUAUCCUUGGAACCGGAAGUGAAGAAAAAGAAAAAAAGUGAUCCUUUGGAAGCCAGCAGCACUACUACAGUAAAUAUCAAAUUGAUCUGA